AUGAGUGAUUUCUAAAAUAGAUAAUAUUUUACAUCCUCUUCUUCAAGAUAAUACACCUCAGGCACAAAGGAUAAUGUCAGAAGUACUACUUAAGAAAAAGUAGAAUAGACUGUUAAUCGUGAGACUCCAAAAGUGUAGACAAGAACAGUAGAAGUAGAAUAGAGAAGCGUCUAAUAAUACCCAAGAAUGCAAUCUCAAUAAAUAUUGAGAACACAAACCCAAGGUUUUGUAGGCGGUUAAAGCUAUGUGUCUAAUAUGGCAGCAAUACCUUAGAUUGGAUAUUAAGGCAAUUAUUCAGUAUAAUAAAACUGCGUGGCUGCCUAACAAUUAUGCAUGAAUGUUAUAGUUGUUUCCAAGGAGGAGAUUGAAGCACCAUGGAGAUUGGAGUGUGAAUAUUUGCAAUCCUUAAUUGCUGAAUUAGAGAAGAGAAAGGAAGUCUAAGUAGUAGAGAAAAUCGUAGAGAAGGAAAAAAUUGUGACAGAUAACUCGAAAGUAGAGUUGUUAGAGUCUCAAUUAAGAUAAUUAAGAGCAGAAAACGAUUAAUUGACUCUUCAAUUAUAAUCGAUGAGAGGAGAAAUUUAAUUGAGAAGUUCAUAAACUGAAGACUUGGCAGCUAAAGAAAGGGAGUUUUACAAUUUGAGAAUCAAAUUUGAGUAACAAAUCAGAGAUUAUGAGGAUUAGAUUAGAAGAUUGUAACAAGAAAAUGCAGAUCUGAGAAGGGACAAUGAAGAUUUGAUUUAAAAAAUAAGAAAUCUAGAAGUAAAAGUGGCUAUGCUUUCUUCAGAAAUCGAGAGGUUAUCAUAUGCAAGCAAAGUUAAAGACGGAGACUUGGAAGAUUGGAAGUAAAGAUAUGCAGAAUUGGAAUCUCAAGGAAUGACUGUGGUUUAGGAAAAAGUCACUUACCUUUCUUCUGAAGUUGAAGUCUGGAAAUAGAAAUUCAUAAAAGUUAAUCAUGAUUACAAUGAAUGCUAAGAAGAAUUGACUAUGUGCUAGGCUGAGUUGGAGGCCUUGAGGAAAGGGUAAAAGAAGGAAGUUGUUGUCACGACAUCAAAGGUUGUUUCAAGAACUGGUGGAACAACGACUACUUCAUCUAUGGGUCAAACCAGAGGCAGUAGAACAUAUGAAUAGUUUUAAUCAUGAGAGAAUCAAUAUAAAAUACAACAGCAUAUACAAUUUAUUAA